UGCUCUGGAGAAGAGGCUCUCCUCUCCCUGGGCCAGGCAGGGAUGUGCUGGGAGGACCCCUGAGAUGCCGCACCGCCUGCAUGGAAAAUCCCACUUAGCUCCAGGAAGAUGAAGAAGCGCUACGUGGUGGCCGCAGUCCUGGCUGCAGCCCUGCUGGGGCUCGUCUUGCUCCUGGGACUGCUCCUUGGUCUGCGCCCUGACUCAGGGGACACACACGUUUACAAGAGGGCAGCUGUGGCUACAGAUGCAGGGCAGUGCUCAAUAAUUGGAAGGGACAUCCUUCAGCAAGGUGGAUCAGCAGUGGAUGCUGCAAUUGCAGCUCUGCUUUGUGUAGGACUCAUGAAUGCUCACAGCAUGGGCAUUGGAGGGGGCCUCUUCUUUACCAUCUACAGCAGCACAGGAAAAGCGGAAAUCAUUAAUGCAAGAGAGGUGGCUCCAAAAAGAGCAUCAGAGGACAUGUUUGGGAACAACACACAGCUCUCUCUGAAAGGAGGACGGUCUAUCGCUGUUCCAGGAGAAAUCCGUGGGUAUGAACUUGCUCACAAACGUCAUGGCAAACUGGCAUGGAAAGACCUGUUUCUGCCCAGCAUCAAGUUGGCGAGAGAAGGAUUUCCUGUUGGGAAAGGCCUUGCAGCAGCCAUCAAAUCAAGAGAGGAGGCAAUUGAAAGCAAUCCCUCACUGUGUGAAGUGUUCUGCAGAGGUGGGAAAAUCCUGCAGGAGGGCGAUAUCAUCAGGAUGCCUAAACUAGCCAACACAUACGAGACUAUAGCCAGUGAAGGAGCAGAUGCCUUUUACACAGGAAGCCUGGCAAAGCAGAUCAUCGAUGACAUCCACAGUGUAGGUGGCAUUGUCACAUUGGAUGACUUGCGGGACUACACUGCAACAGUGAUUGAAGAUCCAAUGCAGAUCACACUUGGAGAGUUUACCCUCUACACACCUAGUGCCCCCCUAAGCGGGCCAGUGCUAGCCCUCAUCUUCAAUAUACUGAAAGGAUAUAAUUUCACUGCUGACAGCAUCAAAACUGUGGAGGAGAAAGGUCUGACUUACCACCGCAUUGUGGAGGCCUUUCGCUUUGCCUACGCCAAAAGAACCUUACUGGGAGAUCCAAAAUUUGUUGACAUCACAGAGGCAUUAAGAAACAUGACGUCCGAGUUCUUUGCCGAUAGUCUCCGGAGGAAAAUCACAGACAACACCUCCCAUCCAGUUGACUACUAUGAGCCAGUUUAUUACACUGGAGAUAAUGCCGGUACAUCCCACCUCUCCAUUGUGGCUGAUGAUGGCAGUGCUGUGUCCGCCACCAGCACCAUCAACCAAUACUUUGGCUCUGAUGUACGAUCCAACGUGAGUGGCAUCAUUUUUAAUGACGAGAUGGAUGACUUCAGCUCACCCUACAUAAUCAAUGGAUUUGGGAUCCCUCCUUCUCCAGCAAAUUUCAUAGCACCAGGUAAACAGCCAGUGUCUUCUAUGUGCCCUUCCAUCUUGGUGGAUAAAAUGAAAAAGGUCAGGAUGGUGGUUGGUGCUUCUGGAGGAACGAAAAUAACCACAGCAACAGCACUGGCAAUCAUCAAUUCCAUCUGGUUUGGUUAUGAUGUGAAGAAAGCAGUGGAGGAGCCCAGAAUUCAUGAUCAGCUGUUUCCCAAUAUCACGGAGCUGGAGCAGCAAAUAGAGGAGGGUAUAGAAGAGCAACUGAAGAAGAGGAAACACGACACCACGCGGGUGAGCACUGGAGCGGUUGUUCAGGCCAUCCUCAGGACAGAGGAAGGAUGGGCUGCAGCCUCCGACUCCCGGAAAGGUGGCUUCCCUGCAGGCUACUGACCUGGCUCGGCUCCUUUUUUCAGUGGUCUAGUGACACUGAAGUGUGUUUGGGGGGAAGAUCCUUUAGGUCUGCAACUCAGGGACUUCUCACAGGAAAGAGAACAAGUUUACCUGUGGUUCUAGUGACAGAGCUGGGACAAUUCUCUACAGCCAUGACCGCAGUGCCUCAUGCCACAGCAGUCUGCUUAGACAGGCAUGUCUACCAGGACAUGCAGUACUUACUUGAAGAGUCUGUUUUGCCUUGAAGAGUUUGUUCCCUGCCUCCUCUCCAUCCCAUGAAGAUAGAUCGAGUACCCAGUUUCUGAAGAAGGUCCAGCUCAUCCAGGCCGCAGGAAUUGUUUCCCUUGCACAUUGUCAGCUACUGGGAAUGUCCCUGUCACCUCUAGAGAAGAGAUUUGUUUCCUGUUGAGUAGAUGGGAGUUAAGGGACUCUGGGGACUGGGUUUUCUAAGUUACAACCUGAUAGAUCCGUGCCAUAGCAGGAAGCCCAGCUCUAGGCUGGGACAAUCCUUCACAAACUCACCAGUCUUUUAACAAAAGAUGUUUCUGCUUUUCACUUCAGUUGAUUAUUGGAGAUCAGUGGGUAAAUGGGGAAGUGGCUUCAAACUUUUUUAUAUGUCUGUUGAGGUCUAAAGGGAAGAUGCUACUUGUAAAACUCUGAGCACAAUUAAAAUAAAUACAUACGGAGUCA